AAAGGCCAAGGUCGCCGCGAUAGCGCGAUUUACAAUUCCGGCUUCACCCAGAUGGCGGUGCCAUUUCAAGAGUACUUGACCCGGAUCUAUCUUGUCACCCGAUUGACCUCACCUGCCCCUCAAAAGAACGUUGAAAACUAUAAAAAGGCCGCUAUAUCUCCUCUACUCCACAAAACCAGCAAGUCGUGCACCAAUUUCCGUGGCAAGAAGUUUCACUGAAGUGUAUACAAGCAUACACAACAUGGCUACGUUAAGGAUGACUUUUGUUGCAUUGGCCGUUGUAGCGCUCUCUGCACACGUUUCAGCCUGCACCUCGUCUGUCUCCGUCAACAUCGGGGUAUCGGAGGCGGCCCAGUGUGCCUACGUCUUCAGCUUGGACGAGCUGGACGACUGCACUUGCCCGAGCCUUGAAGAGGCAAUGCGCCGCUGGCUCGCUCAACGCCCGACUCCUGUUGCACAAGACCUGGUUGCUCAUUAUGCGUUCGAGGAAGACCUGUCUGAUUCCACAGUGAACCGUCGUAAUGGGAGCGCGGAUGGCCAAAUUACUUACGCUGAUGGGCAGUGCGGAAAAGCCGCCGUCUUCAACGGCUCGUCCAAGGUGGAGGUGGGCGCUUUCAGCAACUUUAUCUGGGGUUCACAGUUCAGUGUCAGCGUCUGGUUCAAGAGAACCGGAUCGAGAGACACUUACCAGGGAAUCGUCAACACCGGUUACCACACCACUGGUUCCUGGGAGAUCCGUAUGGGAAGAGAGAACAGUGGUCAGAUGAUUGGUGGUGGGGUGGUCACGGCAAACAACGCCCCAACUUGGAACUAUGCCUACCUGACAGCCAGCUUUGGAGAGUGGCACCACGCGGUCAUGACGUACAACGGAUCCCAACUGCUCUUCUACCUGGACAACCAGCUGCAGUCUGGGGACCAUGACUGUUGCCAUGGAGACAUCAUCUCCAAGAACACCCCCUUGACCAUUGGUCAGGCUGGGGUGGGAAUGAGUCACGAGUAUUUCGUUGGCUUGAUCGACGAGGUCAAGAUCUUUAGUAAGGCGCUGUCUGCUUCUGAGGUUGAUAAAAUGUUCACAGAUCCUUGUUUUAUCGGCGAUGUCUCCCCAUGUCACAAUUAAAGAAUACUUUCACGUAAAACACAUUCGGGACUAUUUUAGAAUGACUAAUCGUUCGAUUGUGUUCGUUUUAGCAGUACCAAAAAUAAGAAAAGUUAUGCUAUAGUAUUCUAUGGAUUUCUACAAAGUUGAAACAUCUUCAAGGUGGCUUUUUUUUUUACUUUAACUUGCAGCAUCUGAUUUUCUAACCCAAUUGCCGAUGCUUUGGCCCACUUUGCAUGACAGAAAAGUAAUUGUGAUAUUUCGCAUCCGAUUUUCUGUUUUUAGUUUUAUUUCGUUGAAUAUUACUUCUGUUAAAGUCUUUUGUACAAAAGAAUUGUUGAUAUUAUUGCUCGCCUUGCAAAGUUUGCAAAAUAAAAUGGAUUUGCUAUUAAAUGUUGAAAUA